AUGGCAAACGGAAAAGACGAGACAACAGUGGAAGGGUACGCAGAGUGCCUGGCAAAACUAUACGGGACGCAUUCUGUAAAACUUGGUUUAGAAAGAACGAAAAUGUUAAGCAAGUGCUUCAAUAACCCAGGGGAUACGUACAAGACGGUUCAUGUGGCUGGCACAAAUGGUAAAGGAUCUGUAUCGCACAAAAUAAGUAUGUGUUUAAAAAUGCGAAACUACACAGUAGGCCUCUUUACAUCUCCACAUAUAUUCUCCAUUCGAGAAAGAAUUAAAGUAAAUGAUGAAUGUAUAAGUCAAAAGGACUUUGUCUCUCUUGUCAACCAAGUGUGGAAAAAAGCUGACGAGUUAGAUGUAGAACCCACAUUUUUCGAAAUCGUUACCAUCGUUGCAUAUCUUUUCUUUAAGUCCAAGAAGGUGGAUUACGCCGUGAUAGAAACAGGAAUAGGAGGUCGCUUAGAUGCAACGAAUAUUCUUAACAAACCUGAGUUAGUCAUUAUCACAUCCAUUGGUUACGAUCACCAGCAACUGUUAGGAGCUGAUCUGCAUUCCAUUUGCGAAGAAAAAAUUGGCAUUUUUAAGAACGGCACAAAUGUUGUUGUGGGUCCAUCUGUAUCCAUUUAUAAAAACGUAUUCAACAGAGCCAAGGACUUGAAUUGUCUUGUUAAGGUCGUACCACCAGAACCGCGUGGAGAGUCCUUCAACGAUGAAAACACACGAAUAGCUAUAGAAGCAUUGAAGGUUUUAAAUAUACACGUGACCUCAGACCCCAUUUUGAAAUCAGUCAUCUGUCUGAAGCCUCCACUGAGGAUGCAGUACCUUGCCAUUGAACAAAUCACACAUGUGAAAAAGAAAUUUUUUCCUUCCUCGGGAAAUGUUGGUGAUGGGAGUGCAGUGAACGGUACGGAGACUUGUCUCCCCCUCGCAGUUAUCCUUGACGUAGGCCACAACGAAACGGCCAUCGAUCGCCUCUGCCAGGACAUUAAUUACUUUCACAAGGGAAAAACCAUGCGCGUCUGUGUCUCGGGCACCCGUCCGCGCAGCUUGGCCAUCUUUGAGCCCCUCGUCGCGCAUUUCCAGGGGCUCCUCCAGGACGUUUUUUACCUGCCCUCUCUGAACGAGCGGACGUACGACUUUGGCGAAGUUGUUGAGAUGCUCAACAGCGAUGAGCAAAUAAGUGGCGAGCUCAAGGGGCUCCUAUUGAGUAGCGCCGGGAAGGUGACUUCGUGGCUGGAAGGUGCUACCAAGGGGGGUUCGCCGGGAGGCAACCCCUACACACGUGGCACCAUCCCCCUCAUUGUGAAAAACGCCUUCAUCGAAUGCUGCAAGGACAACUCCAUUUUACUCAUCUGUGGGACCUUUUUCAUGUUUGAUGAAGUUCUGCCUGCAUUUGACAUUCACUCGGAUCUGCAAGACCCCAUCCCUAUGAACGAACCAUGCUCCCAUUUGAAGACUACCUGA